AUGUUGCAAGUAGUACUAUCAGAUGAAUAAAACUUAUCUAUUUCAUAAGAAUUAUUUCAUCAGGGCGGCAAUUUUAGGAUUUCAAAAUAAUCCCUGAUUAAAAUAGUUAGCGCUGCUCAGGAACGGCUAUUUGCGGAGGAGAUUGAUGAAUUAGAAAAUAUUAAUGGUUUACAAAAUUUGGAAAUGACUUUGUGCACCAGCUUUUAGAAGGGUUUGAAGGGGGACGAUUUUCAGGAGAGGGAAAUUCUUUUUGGGAAUAAUAGGAAACCUGUAGUCCCCCCAAAAACUUACAUAAAAUUGCUUUUAUAAGCUUUAGAGGAUUUCAUAAUGAGAGUGUUGCUGGUAAUUGGAGUGUCUACAGCAGAUGACGGCCAUCGUUCCUUGGCUUGGAUAGAAGGAUUUGCAAUUUUCGUAGCCGUAUUUGUGUGUUGCAAUGUAACUGCAGUCAAUGACUAUUAAAAGGAGAGAUAAUUUCAAAGUUUAAAUUAGAUGGCUGACAGUAGGAAAACGGUAACAGUUUGGAGAGAUGGAUAAAAAAUAGAUUUGCAUUAGAGUUUAGUAAUGGUGGGUGAUAUCAUUUAAAUCUUUGAAGGGAUGGAAAUACCAGCAGAUUGCUUUGUUGUUGAGGCAGCCGAAUUAACAAGUGACGAAAGUGCAAUGACAGGAGAGACAGAUCCAAUAAAAAAAGAUACCUAUGAGAAUUGCAAAAAGCAGAGAGAUAAAUUGAAAAAUCAACAAAACUCUUGUGGUCGACAUGAUAUUCCCUCUCCAGUUAUGCUCAGUGGCACAAAGGUGCUUUCAGGAGAGGGUAAGAUGAUCGUAGCAGUUGUAGGAGAUUCUAGUUGCGUUGGAAAAAUCUCCUCCUUGCUUGCUACUGAGGAAGUGCAAACCACUCCAUUAUAAGAAAAAUUAGAAGCCAUUGCUUAAGAUGUAGGUAAGUUCGGUCUUGCAAGUGCUGCUUUGAUAUUGUUAAUUUUAUUAUUGAGAUUUGCAGUGGAAAGAAUUAAAGAAAAUUCAUUUGAAAAAGAUCAUGUAAAGGAAAUGCUUAAUUUCAUUAUCAUCUCAAUCACAGUCAUUGUAGUUGCAAUUCCAGAAGGAUUACCCCUUGCAGUUACUCUUUCCUUGGCUUAUUCUACAAAAAGAAUGCUGAAGGACAAUAAUUUUAGUUAGAAAAAUGGCAGCAUGUGA